AUGAAUUAUUAUACUUCUUUAGAUGGAGGCUCAAAAGUCUAAGAUCUGAUUGAACAGGUUAGAAAAAUGGAUGCGACUAUUUCUGAGGCUGUUAAUUAGAGAAACCUAAAAUUAUAAACUAAUUAAUCUGUACAAAUGGUAGAUAGGCAACUGGCAACAUAGAUUGAAGCCAUUAAUGAUUCGAUUAAAUAAGCAAGGAUGUUAUUAAAUAAAUCAUCGAAUCUCUCUCAAACUGAUAUCUAGAAAUCAAAGGAUUUAUUGGAUGAAUUAUAAAAUAAGUCAGAAAAGUAUAGAAAAGCACUGGAUAUCAAAUAAGUUUUCAAAAUGGAUACCCCAGAAGCAAACAUUGAUUUUAGUUCUAGGUCUAACGUUGAAAUGGUUUAGAUGUAAAAAUAGCUAGUUGAAAAACAAAACAAUACCAUAGACUAAAUGAUUGACACAACAGGGAGAAUGUAAGUUAAUGCCAAACAUAUUAAUAAUGCUUUAUAGGAGGAUCAAGUUAUUUUAAGAAGAUUGAAUGAAAAUGUUGAACAAGCCACUCAUGAAAUCAAAGUUACUGAUUCUAAUCUUAACAGUCUGUUAUCAUACACUAAUGAUUGUUGUUUAUGGACAACCAUCAUAAUAGAAUUUAUGAUUUUUGUUUUUCUUGUUAUAUAUUGA